CAUCGACGAUUCAUAACCAUGUCGAUGCGCUUACUUGGUUCUGUGCUGCUGAUACUUUCUCUGAGCGGUGCCCUAGUGUUCAGCCAGAGUCCGGAUCGAGCAGUUCAGCAAGCUUGCACGCUCUUCAAGAAGACAGUUUUCGAAGAGAGAGUGCCCAUCAGCUUCUUUUUUGCCAAUGCACCCAUCACCUAUGAGACGGUCGACUCCUGCCAUGGCUCGCGACCUCUGAUAGUGGGCGGAUCCCCGGCCGAAGCCAAGGAAUUCCCACACGCAGCACGACUCGGCAAUCGCAAUGCUGAUAACAAAACGAAUUGGUUCUGUGGCGGCACCUUGAUAAGCAACAGACUGGUGCUCACAGCAGCCCAUUGCUUCUACUCCGAGUUUGGGGCAGUGAAUGUUGUGCGAUUAGGAGAGCUAGAGUUUGAUAACGACAAGGACGAUGCCCAGCCGGAGGACUUUGAAGUGCUAAGCACCACGAUGCAUCCGGACUACAGUAACCCAGCCCUCUACAAUGACAUUGGCAUCGUUCGGCUGAGUCGAGCGGUCAACUUCAGUCAGUACAAGCAUCCCGCCUGCCUGCCCUUCGACGAUGGUGAACGGCACGAGACAUUCGUUGCCAUUGGCUGGGGUGCACAACAGUUUGCCCAAAAGCAGUCAAAGAAGCUCUUGAAAGUCCAGCUUCGCGGCUAUGGGCAGCGUUGCCUUACCAGCGUGGAGCCCAACGAGGAGCUACCCAACGGCUACAACGCCAGCACCCAACUCUGUAUCGGCUCCCCUGAAAGCAAGGACACUUGCAAUGGCGACUCUGGUGGCCCGGUGCUCUCCUACCACAAGGACUAUCCCUGCAUGUACCACGUGAUGGGCAUCACAUCCACUGGCGUUGCCUGCGACACGCCAGACGUUCCCAGUGUCUACACAAGGGUCUAUUACUAUUUGAAUUGGAUCAAGCAGCAUCUGGCGAGGACCUCGUGAAGUGAAGGAGAUUUAUACCUUUUAUAGUUUAAGCGAAUGCCCGAUUUCGCGGAAAAGGAGUCCGUAAGGGCAACAAAUAUAUUAUCACGUUAUUAAUUGCUAUA